CAGCUCUGGCUGGCAUGGCCCGGGCAGCAAUGCUGGGGAUGGGAAAUGGUUAGGGAAGACUUCCUGGAGAAGGAGAGGCUUGAACUGGACUGAUGGAGGAGGGAGGCCAUAGAAGGAAUGGGUGGAUGCCUGCGUGGAGGAUGGCGUAGGCAUGGGUCUGAGGGUGAGAGGGGAGAAGAUGCUGGUGAGGUUGGACAGGGCCGGGUGCUGGAGGGCUUGGCAUGGCUUCAGGAAUGGUCUAGAUGCAAAGAAUCAGGAUGGAAUAAAGGAUUCUUCACCUAUGUGAAUAAAAUUUAGUUUCUGCCAGUUUCUCGGCCACUCUAUGACAUGAAAAUGACUGCAUAAAUUUUUCACAAACUUGAGGUUCUACUGGAGAUCAGUCUAUACACUGAGUGGAUUACAGGAAAUCUACAUUGAAGAUAUUCCCUUUGUCUCAGAGAGAGAGAGAGAGAGAAUAAGACACACACACACACACACAGGGAGAGAGAGAGAGAGAGAGAAACUUCUCCAGACAGCUGCAGCCAAGGGCCACCAGAGCCCUGUGAGGCCACUAAUGGGACCACAUCCUGAGCUCCUGGUGGACAGUCACCAAUACAGCACUCCCAAUUGUCCGCUUGCUUUUCCCCAGAACUGCUUCUCACACAGGGAGCUCUAGGUACUGUGCUGGGAUUUAUUUAUUUAAUGAUGAUUAAUUAAUAUUUGUCCCAAGCAAGCAGGAGAAGGUAGCUAGUUCUAAAUCUCCAUAACAACAGCCAGUAUUCACAUUGCAUGACCAGUUCACAGCACAUUUGAUGGUACUGCCUCAUAGGUGUUUUACAAAGGCUCUGUCCAGUAUUCCCGUUUUGCAGAUGAAGAAACUGAGGCUCAGAAUCGUUCAAUAUUUGCUCUAGUUUGCUCUGCUAGUAAGUGGUAGAGCUGCCUAAGACGUCCACACUGACUUUCCACUGCACAUAACUGGACGUCGCUCUGAUUAUGCAACAGGCCCUUUUGGCUCAGCCCUUGCCUCCUGCUUAUUCAUCCUGAGGAAGAAGAGUAAUUGUUGUGCUGCCCCACGGGGUCCGGUUGUCGGAACUCUCUCUGUUCUGGAUGUUCGUGUUUUGCUGUUGCUGGCUUUCGUGGGCUGUGUAAUGUCAGACUGGUGGUCUUCGGCGAGGCAGGAAGGUGGUUAUGGUGCUGCCUUCAAGGAGGAAGGCUCAUGUGUGCUUCCAACUCCUGGGACCACCCUCUGAAAAGAUGCUGGAGGGCUUCAUUUUGAGCCACUGGUGACUGACUUAGGUUGGGCUUCCUAGAAGCAGAGCCUGAGUCAGGUUUCAGUGGGAUGUGAUGCAUCUAGGGAGAGCUCUUAGGAAACGCUUGUCAAGGGGAGAGGGAAGCUGGAUAAAGAAGCAAGAGCUGAGUGAGAAUGUGGUCUCAGGGCAGGUCUCCCUGGGUCUGGUCCACGUCAACUGCACUACAGUGAUGUCUGACUUGGAGGCAGGGGGCGGGGCCUGUGUGUCCCCUUGUUUGUCAGCAGCUGCCCCCAGAGUAUAGCUGGUGGUGCAGCCUCCAAAGCAUCACCUUAACCAAGAGUAAGGAUCCAAGAAUGUCAUGAGUGAAAGCUGUGUGCCACACUUAGCAGCUGGGGACUGGUCACCCCCAGCACGUACAGAGACCUGGACAGAGCAUCAGUUGCUUUUAUUCUCAUGCCUGCAAGCACCACUAUUGUCAAGACAGCCACAUGUCAUUUUCACUGACCUGGCAGUAAUUUUCAUUGCAGUAAGGUUGUAUUUUGGGAGUAUAAGUAUUAAAAUAGAAAUCAAUACCGAAGUCUGUUUUUUUUAACUGAAAAUAGCGUGUGCUUUUUUAACUGGAAUUUUAUUCUUAAUAGACACUAUCGUCUCAUGGCUCUAAAUUCAAAAGUACCAGAAGGUAUAUUGUAAAAAGUCUCCUCUCUACCUCUGGCCUCAAGCAGGCUUCUAUCCUAGAGACAACCAAUAUUGCCAGAGUUUUGUGUUACUUUCCGAUGAUAGUCUGCACCCAACAACAUUGUGGUUUAGAUUCCAAAAUUUUGGUGAAUCUGAUGCAGUAUAGAAAGGUGCCACCUUCUUGGGUCUUUAGAGUCAGCAGUAGGGGUUAUUCCAGAAGGGAUUGAACUGAAAUAGGCCUUUUCUUUGGAGAGGGAGCAAUUAAUAGCCUGAUUCAGCUCUCAGUGGAACGUUUAAAAUGCAUAAGAACUUCACAAACGUUUUCAAACUCUUUAGAGUUACUAUAUAAACAAUUGAUACAGGAAUUGUAAAUUACUUUUACUUCUAAUUGCAAAUAAUAAAUUAUUUUUAUUUCUAAUUGCAAAUAAUAAUUAUUUAAAGCAAAUUAUACAUACAAUUUAAAUUCUUAUUUAAAGCAAAUUAUUUGAGAUACUGUGUGACAGCCCCUGGAAUCCCCAAAUAUUUAAAAUAAUUUAAAAUUUCACUAACUUCACUAUUUAGUGCAAAUUAUUGAGGUCUCCCUGCAUUUAUCAUCUGAUGCCAUUUGCAUGUCAUGUAUUCUGUUUCCAAAGUGCAUUUCGAUUUCCUGCAUUGUCAGCACCAUGUGAAUUUUCACUGUGGUUUCCUUUUAUGAAGUGACUUGACUAUAAUUUGGAGGUACUUUCUCAACAUAGGAUCUGGUCCAAGAGGGAAUGGGUUCUUUUGGUGGUAAGCCCCCUCUGGUAGAAGCGGCUGAAACAGGAGCUAGGUCAUCUGUCAGCACAGUUACACAGCUGAUCCACACUGCCUGACAGCAGGCUUAGAAGACGUCUAAGGUCCUGUCACAGCUGAGUCUCUUCUGUGCAUCUUUGGUAUCAUCAUGGCCUUUAAAGGCCAUUUACCUCACUUGAAUUCCAGGCUGUGGGGCUCACACUGGGCACUUAUCUUCUGAAGUUUGGUCUUGAAGGCUCUGUUCAAUGCUUGUAUACAUUUUCCAAAUUGAGCUUAUUUUGUAAUCGUGUAGGCCUGGCAGAUACGUUUUUCUCUUGCAAGCAAGCUCCCUUCUUUCAGUUCUCCUUCAUGUUUACACUCUCUCUCAGGUUACAAGAAAAUCCUCUAACUUGUUCAUGACCUGUUCCAGCCCAAGACAGAUUUUGGUGGCACCCCCAUGAGGCAAUGAAAAAAAAAAUCUCAUUUCCGUUCAAGAAAUAGAAUCAUUAUCUUGAUUGAAAUAAUAUCUUUCCUCAACCUGCAACCAGAUAAAGCAUCAAAUUGGUGGAGUUUCCUUAUCACUGCACAGAGUUUGCAGGACACAGAAUAAUGGCCUGUCAGCUGCCUCUGGUGGGGUGGGCUCUGUAAUACAGAGCCCACAGCUCCUGGCCUGGUUUGGGUUAUACCAUGUCUGGUGCAAUGUAAAAUAAUUCAAUUAAUGGCAAAUAUCAUCAUAUUAAAAGGAGAAGGUAGCAUAGACCCUAAAACAGAGUAAGCAAUAAAUGCAGCUACUGUAGUGGUUGUUUUUAUUAGGCACAUCUAACAUGCAUAGGCAAUUGUGGGGGUGGCUGAAGCCUACAGAUGUUUAUGUCCUUUAAGGAUGUGAGUACUUUGGAACCUGCAACCCCUACUAGGCCUAAGAUUCCAGGGCUUCAGUGGGAGUAAGGGGGUGACUGGGCUUGAGAAGGUGGACCAGGUCCUAGUUUUGGGUAGCAGACAGGACAGCUAGAGGCCAACAAGCCGAUAUAUUUGGGAAGGGAGCUGAAAGAGCUGUGGGUGGGGAGGCAGGGGGUCUGGGUUCCAGUCCUGAUUUGCCAUCAUUGUCAUGCAGCUUUGGGCUCUCGGGGCCUCAGUCGCCUCUUUGUUCAGAAAGGAUAACAUGGGGGUAUCAGGAGAAGGAGGUGAGGCAAUGUUUGUGCAAAGCCCAGGACACUGGCUGUACCUUUGAUCCUUCCUGUCCCUCGUCCACUGAGUGGAGAGGCUCUGCUACAGCCCAGGCAGGUCUGCCACGUGGUAAAAUGCUGAUUCCCACGCUCUUUUCUUAUGCACUGCUCAGCUUACAGCACUCCUCCAUGGAAAUUUUCCUUAGCCUUAGAGAGCAAGGGGAUAGAGUGUCAUAUAAACAGCAUUAGCUCAGAGUGCAGUCCAGUCCAGUCCUCGUUACCUGCUUGCCCCAUGGCUUGGCCUCAGUUCCCUCUUCUAUGAAAAUAAAGGGGUGACUCAAGGAUCUCAGUGACUUACCUUUCGAAGCAACUACUCUGUAACAGGCAGUAUUUCAACCAUUUUAUGUUUAUUAAUUAACAAUCCUCACAACAGUCCUAUGCAUUAGAAACUUAUACUAUCUGCUUUUUACAAGUGAAAAGUAACAGAGAGGUUAAGUAACUUGUCCAAGGUCACACAGCCAGUAAGUGCUAGAAUUGGAAUCUGAAGCCAAGCAAUCUGGUUAGAAAACUUAAAAUGAACUGCAUCAGGACUAAAUAAUACCAUCCAAACAACCUGGGCUUUCAUCAGACCCUAAACCAUAAUCCUAUUAUAGAGAGAAGCAGUAAUAAUAAUUAUAUCUUUGUGAUGUUCUAGGAGGCUGUAGAGAUUGUUCCUAUACCUGGUGGGAGGUUGAAUGAUAUUCUGACUAAGAUACCUGAUCCUGGUAGCUCAGAUCUCUUGCCAUGGAUCCUGUAAAAGUGUUGCUAGCUGUAUAUACUCUGUAGAACACCAAAGUAUGCGGGCCUUGCCCUCCCACUUACUUGCCUUCGUCUGGCCCACCCCCAUCACCCUGCAGAGCCCUCCUGGGCCCUUGGGGCUGUGCUGUCUGCCAAGACUUCCCCAGAGAAGGAAACCAUCCCUCCCAAACACCACCCAUGCCUGCUUCAUUUCCCUCUCUCCCCAGGCAUGGCAUAAGUGACGUGAAAGCUUCUAUCUCCAGACCCUUGUCUUCAAGAGGAGUGCUGGCCUGUCAUUGAGCGUGCCUGAUUACCAUGGGCUCUGGCUGAGAACAUGGCCAAUGACAUUGAUGAGCUCAUUGGCAUUCCCUUCCCCAACCACAGCAGUGAGGUCCUGUGCAGCCUCAAUGAGCAGCGGCACGAUGGCCUGCUGUGUGACGUGCUCCUGGUGGUACAGGAGCAGGAGUAUCGGACCCACCGCUCUGUCCUGGCUGCCUGCAGCAAGUACUUCAAGAAGCUCUUCACAGCUGGCACCCUAGCCAGCCAGCCCUACGUCUACGAGAUCGACUUUGUCCAGCCUGAGGCUCUGGCCGCUAUCCUGGAGUUCGCCUACACCUCUACACUCACCAUCACUGCCGGCAACGUCAAGCACAUCCUCAAUGCAGCCAGGAUGCUGGAGAUCCAGUGCAUUGUGAACGUGUGCCUGGAGAUCAUGGAGCCUGGGGGGGACGGAGGGGAGGAGGACGACAAGGAGGAUGACGAUGAUGACGAAGAUGAUGAUGAUGAGGAGGACGAAGAGGAGGAGGAGGAGGAGGAAGAGGAGGAUGACGAUGAUGACACGGAGGACUUUGCUGACCAAGAAAACUUGCCUGACCCCCAGGACAUCAGCUGCCACCAAAGCCCUUCCAAGACGGACCAUCUCACAGAGAAGGCCUAUUCAGACACCCCCAGGGACUUCCCUGACUCCUUUCAGGCUGGCAGUCCUGGCCAUCUGGGGGUGAUCCGGGACUUUUCCAUCGAAUCUCUGCUGAGGGAGAACCUGUACCCCAAGGCCAACAUCCCCGACAGGAGACCCUCCUUGUCUCCAUUCGCCCCGGACUUCUUCCCACACCUCUGGCCAGGGGACUUCGGUGCCUUUGCCCAGCUGCCUGAGCAGCCCAUGGACAGUGGGCCACUGGAUCUGGUCAUCAAGAAUCGGAAGAUCAAGGAAGAGGAGAAGGACGAGCUGCCCCCACCCCCACCGCCACCCUUCCCUAAUGACUUCUUCAAGGACAUGUUCCCUGACCUGCCGGGGGGCCCUCUGGGACCCAUCAAGGCGGAGAACGACUACGGUGCCUAUCUCAACUUCCUCAGUGCCACCCACCUGGGAGGCCUCUUCCCACCCUGGCCCCUGGUGGAAGAGCGCAAGCUGAAGCCCAAGGCCUCUCAGCAGUGCCCCAUCUGCCACAAAGUCAUCAUGGGGGCCGGGAAGCUGCCGCGGCACAUGAGGACCCAUACCGGGGAGAAGCCAUACAUGUGCACCAUCUGCGAGGUCCGCUUCACCAGGCAGGACAAGCUGAAAAUCCACAUGCGGAAGCACACGGGGGAGCGGCCCUACCUGUGCAUCCACUGCAACGCCAAGUUUGUGCACAACUACGACCUCAAGAACCACAUGCGCAUCCACACGGGAGUGCGGCCCUACCAGUGCGAGUUCUGCUACAAGAGCUUCACGCGCUCCGACCACCUGCACCGCCACAUCAAGCGCCAGAGCUGCCGCAUGGCGCGGCCCCGACGCGGCCGCAAGCCCGCUGCGUGGAGGGCCGCCAGCCUGCUCUUCGGGCCGGGUGGCCCGGCCCCCGACAAGGCGGCCUUCGUGAUGCCUCCGGCUCUGGGCGAAGUGGGCGGCCACCUGGGCGGCGCAGCCGUGUGCCUCCCGGGCCCCAGCCCCGCCAAGCACUUCCUGGCAGCGCCCAAGGGCGCCCUGAGCCUGCAGGAGCUGGAGCGGCAGUUCGAGGAGACGCAGAUGAAGCUGUUCGGGCGCGCGCAGCUGGAGGCUGAGAGGAACGCGGGGGGCCUCCUGGCCUUCGCGCUGGCCGAGAACGUGGCAGCCGGGCGGCCCUACUUCCCGCUGCCCGACCCGUGGGCCGCGGGCCUGGCCGGCCUCCCUGGGCUCGCCGGCCUCAACCACGUGGCCUCCAUGUCCGAAGCCAACAACUAGGCUGGUCACUGUCGACUCCAGCCCACCAGCCCUCCAGUCCUUCUCCCUCCAGGCCCGCUCUUCCCCACCCCAUGGAUCUGAACUUUUCAUUUUAAAAACACAAAGGGAAAAUGGAAAAAAAAAUAAUAAUACUAUCAGUGAUGGCAUUUUCCCAGGCUCCUAAAGCAGCUGCCUCCUUUUGCUGUUCUGAGACGGGCAUCUCUUCCCAAAAGACCAGGAGCCCGGGCCUCCCUCCCUGGCUGUCUCUCUGGCUCUCAUGUAGAAAUUUGCACCGGCCCAAGCCACACAGAACUGGAUGCCCAGGGGCACUUAGGAGCUGGGUGAGUUACGAGGGGUCAGGGGGUGGUUGGCCUGGGGCCCAGCCAGAUGGAGCAGGAGGAGGUAGGGGCUGGGCAUGCACCUUGGUUAAGCCCCACCCCCUGUGGCAGAGUCUCUGCCAACACUCCUCUGAGGGCUCAUUUUCCAGUCUCCAGUGGCCCCGGGGUCUUUUUGAGAACUACCCACCUGCCACAUAGAAAGAAAUGCUCUGUUGGCAGGGAGGCCCCCUGGAACCAGUCAGGAAUCAGGCUCUGGGAGGCCAGGGCCGUUUUUCCCCUUACCUGUCCUGUGACCUUGACAGGUCAGCCCUCUGUAGCUCAGUGUCACCCGGCUAUAGAAGGGGCUGGUAACUUAGGUUUCCUCCCUCCACCUCUAAACACAUACACACCUAUCCCCCCAGAGAAUCCCAGAGAAGGUAGGAGCUUUGUAUUCCCCAAGUCCAUGGGGAAACAGUUUAUCUUUCUGGACUUAGUUUUAUUACAUCCAGCUCUAUAUUAGCAUAUUAGCAUAGGUGAGAAAUAUGGCCAGACUAGACAGAGAUCGGGGGUCAGGGGAGCUUCCGAACUUCACCAAAGCCCACAGGCAGGUCUGCGAACUCCGAAUGCUACCUUCCCUUCCCUGCAGGCCGCUGUUCGUGUCUGGACUCCUGGUGGCACUAUUUAGUGUUUACCCCAUCUCCAAUGCCCCUUCCAAGGCUGUGCAGUGUCUUGGGGCUCUCAGGGCCAACAUCGAAGAGAUGGGGGCCACCUCUUAACACCUGGCAACUGUUUCCCCUCACCCUGAUUCCUGAAAACAGACAAAAUACAUACCUGGUUUUCUAGGGUUUAUCUGUUUGCUUUUUGAGUUGUGGGUUCCUCAGGGCCUUGGCAUUGCUAGCGAUGGUCCCGUUUGCUGUGUGAGAACCCCCCUCAACCCCUUCCUCCUCCCUCUGGGGGUGAAGUGGGAGUAUUUGGCUCCCUUUUUUAACAAAAGGGCUCAGUGCAGAGAAGUGGAGGCCUCUGAGGUUUGAAGGGCUCUGUGAGUUAGAGCUGUCACAUGUUCUCCUGGUUCUUGAGUUUUCAACAGGUCCUGAAAAGGAAGGCUCUGCUGGCCCCGUGCCUUCCUGAGCUUCUCUCCCCUUCCCUCCCCUCUCUUUUCUUGCCGAGUUUGCUUUGGUUUCUUAGCAGCCCAGAGAGGAGGAGGGUUCAUCCCCAGGGAGGGCCCAGGGCUGGAGUCCCCAAUCUCUGUGCUGUGGGCACAAAGAGACUUCAGCUCUUCCCGUCGCCUUGGCUUUUUCCUGAGCAAACACACAACAAACAAAAAGGCCAGAGAAGAGCACAGACUCUGUCCCUCUCACAGCUCUCCGGAAGAGACCCCCUGAUUCUUCGCACCACCGGAUGCCACUCCAGCCAGCAGGAUUGCUACACACGCCCUCUGUUCUCAGAAGUCAUCUGCCUGGGCAGCCACCUCUCAGAUUCCUGUAGCCGCCUCUCAGAUUCCUGUCUUCGUUUCAGACACUUGCCCCAGAAGCAUGCCCAUGUCCACCAGCCAAUGCGCCCGUGUCCCCCCCAUCAGCCAAGCGAUUGGGGCCGAACCAGACUUUAAAAGAGAGGGAAAAAAAAAAAAGGCAAAACACGUGAAACUAAAAUUGGAAUCCAGUGGUGUUGGGCUUUGUUUUUAUUUUGUAAAGGUGAUGACUUCUUAUAACUCAAUUUUUCAGAUGA